CUUACAACAAGUAUAGUGGUCUAACUUUUAAAAUUGCAAUUUUUGAAACCAUCUAGAAAUUUUUAAACAAUAGUAGUUAUUUUUACACCUAGAACCUAACGAUGCAUCCAGCAGAGGAACUGGAAAAUAUUGCUAAAAGACAUGGUUUCCAAGUCUCAGAAGAACAGUUUGCCAAACAUAUGGAUAGUGUAGACCCCAUUGCCCACCUCCGACAUGAGUUUCAUUAUCCUAAAAUGUCUGAUGUAGCUCACACUGAUCUGAGUUUGGUACGAAACGAUGAAGAUUGUGUUUAUUUCUGCGGAAACUCUCUCGGUCUGUGUCCUAAAGCUACACGGAAAUAUGUAGAAAUGGAGUUGGACAAGUGGGCCAAAACGGGAGUUCAAGGUCAUUUGCGUGGUGAGUUACCAUGGGCUUUCUGUGAUGAAAAAAUUGAUGAUACCAUGGCAACCAUAGUAGGUGGGAAGCCAGGAGAGGUCGUUUUAAUGAAUGGAUUAACAGUUAACUUACAUCUCAUGAUGAUCUCUUUUUAUCAACCAACCAAAGAUAGAUUUAAGAUAAUGUGUGAAGGGAAAGCUUUUCCCUCUGACCAUUAUGCAUUUGAGAGUCAGAUAAAACUGCAUGGCUUUGAUCCAGCAUCUUCUAUUGUCCUCAUCAACCCAAGGGAGGGGGAGACAACUUUAAGAACAGAGGAUAUCCUGGCCAAGAUUGAAGAGGAAGGCCAGACAGUGGCUCUAAUCUGUUUAUCUGGUGUCCAGUAUUACACAGGACAGUAUUUUGAUAUCCCUACUAUUACCAAAGCUGGUCAUAAACAGGGAUGCUUUGUAGGCUGGGAUCUGGCCCAUGCUGUAGGCAAUGUACCACUUUCACUGCAUGACUGGGGUGUGGAUUUUGCCUGUUGGUGUACAUACAAGUAUUUGGCUAGUGGUGCUGGUGGAAUCGGUGGUGCUUUCCUCCACGAAAAACAUAAAGACAACCAAUUCCCCAAGCUACUGGGCUGGUGGGGCCACAAGAUGGACACCAGAUUUGUGAUGGACAAUGUAAUGGAUCUGUCUCCAGGUAUCUAUGGUUACCGCAUCUCCAAUCCAGCAGGCUUACUUUGUGCUACACUCAAGGCCAGUUUUGAGGUGUUCAAGAAAACAUCCAUGGAACAGCUGAGAGCAAAAUCAAAGUUAUUGACAGGCUAUUUAGAAAUGAUGAUAGAAAAAGAGUUUGGAGAAGAAAAUAACAAAACUGGCGUCAAAAUCCAUAUUUUUACUCCCAAAGACCCUGAACAGCGUGGAGCUCAGCUGUCUUUGUCAUUUAGUAUUGGCAUUAAGGACAUCUUCAAGGAACUUUGUAAACGUGGGGUCAUAUGUGAUGAGCGCCUACCUAGAGUGAUUCGUAUCUCACCGUGUCCCAUGUAUUGUUCCUUCCAUGAUGUCUUCCGAUUCAUCAUUUAUCUCAAGGACUCCAUUAUUGCUGCCAAAAACACUGCAGUCAAUGGUUGCUAA